AUGAACGGUGAACCGCCUUGUAGAUUGCCACCUGGUCCGCGCGCCUUCGCAAUCGGAUGGAUCGGGGUCACCCAUGUGUGCAAGCAUUGGAGGCAGGUCGCAUUGGAUGAGCCAUGGCUGUGGACGGAUGUCACGCCGGAUAUGGGGCGCAGGUGGACUUGGGAAUUCAUAACGCGCGCGGGGCAAAUGCCGCUGGGCAUAUAUGGCGAACGCGAAGCUAGACUGCUCCCCGUGCUCGUCGCGUCGGGGCACCUAUCCCACACCCAAGCGCUCGCUAUAUGCUGUGACGAUCGCAGGCUUCUGAGGAUCGUGCGGUCUCUGAUAACAGUUGCCGCGCCCGUCCUCGAAAGCUUGGCACUUGGGUCCACCAGAGCUCUCGGCGAGACCGCGAUACCCAUCCUAGAGGAUUUUCUUGCUGUCUAUGCCCCCCGCCUGCGCACGGCCGUGUUCGUCGGGUUGUGGAUCCCAUGGUCCUCGCCAAUCAUACGAAAUUUGACGAAACUACACGUUAGCAUUGACUGUGAAACCUUCGAUGGAGACCACAUACAGUGCCCGACACCCCCGAGCGAGCUUUUCGAUGCGCUCGCAAAUAUGCCUUACCUCGAAGACUUGGCCGUCAGCUACGCCAUACCGCCCUUUCAGUCCCGUCCAGCUGAACCGCAAAGGCAGAGAGGAUCCAUUGUGCUCCGUCAUCUCUCGCAUCUGAAACUGCAAGGCCCAUAUUUGGAUGUCCCUGUUGUUCUGGACGUCAUCCAGUUUUCGGCCUUGACGGUGCUCGAGCUUGAAUUUUAUGCUGGAGACAGUCGCACUCUUAGAGCGCUUUGCCCUCCUCUCGGGAGAUAUAGUGACAUGCCUCUAGGCGUCGAGCCAAACAUCCGUCUGUACAUGUUCGCCAUAGGAAGCAGUGGAAGGUAUUGGAUAUACUCUCGACACCCAGCUGCAGAACCUUUGCUGGGAUCUGGCAGCGGCGUCGCCGAUGGUCGGUGUGCGCGGAGGGCCUCGCGCCGUGAGCUCGGAUAUCCUGGUGAUUUCGCAUGA